UAGUUGGUCUUUAAGGUGCUACUGAAGGAAUUUUUUUAUCUGGAUUGAUUAAUUAGUGUAAUUUGGAAAAAAGGAAAUGGGCAUACUUCUUUUAAAUACAGUAUUUGUAUAUGUCACUUAGUAUAAAUUACAUAUCAUGUUGCCACAGCACCAGAAAACUACUUUUCCACACCAGCCAUCUGCGGUGGGUGAAUGGGCUCAGUGUGCACCAGAGUUCCUCCGCUUUUAAAGCAUUCUGUACUCAAAACAAUAGAAGGGGAAACUGUGUAUGUGAAUAGUGAGUGACUGUACAUACACAUAUUCUCUAAUAAUGAUGCAUCUUGAUGAGUACAUGGAAGUUUCAUGGGGUUCCUGAGUUGUGGGGUACAAAUGUCUGUAGCUAUACAAGGCUGUGACAGUACAGUAUGGACCUCAAAAAGUCAUUUUAGUUAAAAUAUGAGGUCUUAAUUUGGUUUUGUUUCCUUUCUGCUGACCCUCUAUGGAAUUUUAAACUCUUGGGGUUCUAGCCAGUGCUAUCUAUGUGACUUCUCACACAGUGAGACUUCACUUUCCUCCUCCCUGCAGUCCUAGGUAUACCCUUAAAAUCUACUCUGGGAUGUUGGGAGAGAGGAAAGUAAAGUCCUGUUGCACAAGUGGAAACCACUCUCUGUGUUGGAUUAUGCCAUUGGAUUUAGUUGUAUGUAAAGAAUAAUGUUUAUAUUGAACAUCAUUGCCCAGCACCAUGUUUCUUUGAAGAUUUAUGAUAAACUGAUUUUUAAAAAAAGAAAAUAAUGCUAUAGGUGCUCAGGAAUGUGAUAAAUUCUUUUAUAAAUCAGGUUUGUAGGUUAUGAUGAAUCUACAGACUCUUUUUAGUAACUUAAACUAUUUUUGUCCACAGGUACACAUAGUGAGGAUCAUUGUACCUAUUAUGGGCCAUAUAAACUACUGCUAACCAAAUUUCUGUUCCACGUUUGAUGUCCUAUGUAGCUCUUUUAAAAGGUCCCAUCAUGUCACAAGAGCCUUUUUUUGGAAGUUCAGGGUGCCGCAAUGAGCAGAGGCCAGAUAAUUCCCUUUGCAACUCAGUACCUACCUUCUGGUGGACACCCAAAAUAAUUGAAGUGCACACCUUAAAAUGUAGCAUGCAGAUAUGCCAGGAUAUUCUUACCACCAAAGAAGACUUGACAGGGAGCUGGGAUUAGGUAUUAUGCAAUUUAUUGUCAAGGAUACACUUGGUGGCAAAUUUGGGUUUGCUGCUUUACCUGUGUAAAAUAGCUGCCCCUCUGUAAUGCCUGGUUUAAUGGCUAAAAUAUGUCCUUGAAGUACAAGAAAAAUAUCCUACAAUCUUUAAGUCUGAAAAGCUUUGUCUAUACAUAGCCUCUGAUUGACUACUGCCUAAACUUCUAGUAGGCUACCUGCCAAGUCAGGUUGAGGCAGUAGCUAUAUGCUAAAUGUACUCAGAUGCAAGACUAAAAGCAGUCUUACUCAUCUUGCUUUACUUUUUUUUCUCCAGGCCGCACUUCCAUUUUACAGGUAAAACUGUGCUGGGGCUUAGAACAAAAUUCAAUUUAAAACUGCUGGGAGUGGUGUCUGCAUACUGUUUCCUAGUUUCAUAAGGCAAAAUACUAAUUAUCCAAAUGGAAUGACUGUAAAAUAUCCAGUUAUUAGAAUGGCAGAUAUUAGAACAGCAGGUUAUUGAAGAAUCCAUUGAACUGGCAUAUUGUAAUCACCUCAUUAUUAUGUACUGUAAAAUAAUGUUUUGUAUUUACCCCCCAGUGACUUAUUUUGUUUCAGUCUUGUCAUGUUUUAUGAUUUAUGUUUGUACAAAGAAAUGAUGAUAGUUUUGUGCUUUGUUAUUGAAAAACAAUAAGAAGGGAAGCACAAAAAGCAGGUUAUUUGUACUUAUUAUGAAUACAAGUUUACAUGUUUAUCUCCAAAAUUACAAAUCCAAAAUGUGUAAAAUAACUUUUAUGGUUAGUGGUUUAGACCACAGUGCCACCCGCAUCCCUUAUGGUACUAACACCCAGUGCAGAAAUACAUAUUGUGGGUUGGAAAGUUUUCAAAUAAUCUUCUUGGAUAAGCUUGGUAUGUAUAUCUUUGAUGGUUGUCUUCUUUAUUGUUAAGGUUUUUUUAUUGGAAGUAUUUGUUCUAUGAUGGUCUGCAGGAUAGACUGUAUUGGUUCGGUAAUUUAGAGGCAAAAUAGUGUGUGCAUUUGGACAUGAUGCAAAAUAAUGGCUUAGUGUCAGUUAUCGGGCAUGCUUGCUCCUCCCUUUGUCUCCGGCAUGGCUCUGUUGGUGAGAUCAGUAGUUGUGCAUUAGAUUAAUUGCAGAUUUGUCAUGAUAUUCAAAGACUAAAUAUAUAAAUAUUUAAUUUUUGUAACUGACAUUUCAUGGCCACAUCCCAGGUGAUAAUUGAAUAUAGAUGAAUAAAAAAAAAGAAUGUGAGUGUGAUAUGUGGAAGUGGCAGAGUGAUUAAAAAAAAAUACUGUCCAGAGGUAUACCUAAGUUAUUUUUUUAAAGGAAUGGCAACUUGUAGCACAGCUUUCUAAAUUGUUCUGCAAUGCAAAUAGAAGUUGAAAGACAGAAAAGGAAUAAAUUAGGUAUAUUUCCAAAUUAAUGUCAUUAAGAACAGCUGAAAUACUCUAAAUCUGGUUGUAAAAUCUUCCCAGUAGUAUACCUGCCUAUAGUUGCACAACUAUGUUCAGAUGUAGAAGGAAUAUAAGGUAUGCAGAUUUGCAUGUAGUGAUAGUUGUUAAAUGUAAACAAAACACAUAAUUCAUUUUAUGCUCUAUUGUAGCAUUUUAUGAACACAAUGCUAAUGUGAGAACAAUGGGGGGGUUGAUGUGGAAGAGCUACUGUGGACAGGAGUUCUGCAUGCAGACUAGGAUAAAGGAAAAACACCAAGUUGUUAUGUCUUGUUUUGCUGGGCAUAAUAUUCAGUGAUAAUAUUGAAGCAGAACACUCUUCUUUUUGUGAAUGAUAUUGAAAGCUCAUUGCUGGUUUUUUCAGGGAAGGGGCACAAUUCACCUAACGAGUCUGUCAGCAAAGGCACUUCACAAGGACUUCUGCUUGUGGUAGUGUAACCCCCCUUCCCCACAAUUAACAUCUGUAGAAAAUGGCAUGAAGUUAGUUUGGAUGGAAUAUACACUGUAUGCUUCCACAAAUUUCUGCCUAUUUAGCAGGUAAAUACAGCAGCCUACUGUUAGAGAUACAGACACUGUAUAAGGAAUAACAACUACUUAUUUGUGGAUAUUUAUUUUGUAUUUUUACUUGAAUGGUCAAAAUUGUUUGUUUGUUUUUAAAUUAGCUUAACUGUUUUAAACAAUUGUUAUUUUACUAAUUAACAACAAAUGAACUUCUAAAACAAAAACAAAUUUCAUACUGUUUAUAUUUAGUAUGUGCAUGUCUACGUUUCUUCAUGAUUUGUUGUUUGGAUGAAGUGAAUCAUUUUGGUGUAUAUCUGAGUACAGCUAGGUUGAAAAGUAAUGUUGCAUUUUGCAAUUUGCAAAUUGGCUUGUAUUUUGUAACUGGGAGAUAAUGAAACCUUUCAAAAUGACAAUUGUUUGUGAGGAAUCCUUGUUAGCUGCUUUUCUGACCAGAAUACCCUGUCGUUAGUUGAUUUGGAAGGGAUUGGAGUGAGAUAAAUGUAAAGUUAACAUACUCUACCUAAGUGGGGUCUACAAUCUUCAUUCUCAUCAGUGCUUGGGGGCUUCCCACAUAUUUGUUUAAUUUCCAAUUUUUUUUAUGGUUAUUGUUAUUGUACGUAAUAUCUCUUUAAAAUUACUGUGGAAUGGAUAGUCAUUUCCUCAGUGUUUUCAGAUUCUUUAUCAGAAAUGAAAAUGUCACACCCACAUUAAUGAACAGACCAAUCCCCAGAAUUUUCACAAUGUUUUAUUUGAAUCGGAAGUAUUGCAGAUCGCUUAGUAGAUUUCCAUAAGGAGGGCUACAAAACUUUGGAUAACAGAAAAAAUAGGCAUGACUUUGAGAUUACUUUAAACUUAAAUCUUUAAUCUUAAUUACUUAAUUAAUUAAUCUUGUUUAUUUUUAGUGGAUGGGGUUCAGUUGGAUCUGCUCUUUUAUCUGUAUUAUUGAUGUAUUAAGUUCCUUUAUUCUUGUUUUUUAAGUUAGUAAGUUGCUUUGAAUUAUUUCUUUCUUUCUUAAAAGUGACUUAAUAGAUAAUAAUAGUAAAUGCUAACCCAUAGAAUGGGCAACAAUCUAUGGUGAAAAAAUGCCUGAAUUGUCAGAUUAUUGUAUUAGAAAGGGGUGCCCCAUCUCAGACUUCUCAGUCUUUAACCCAAUGCUUUGCCCCAUUAAAGUCACUUCUAGUGGUUUGUUUGACUGAGCUUCCAUACUCUACUUUGUGGAUUUUUUCACUUUCAUAGGGUUUCCAAAACACACAGGGAUACUGCCUGAAAGAGCCUUAAAUGAAGAAAAGCAGACCUCUGGCAUAGGGCUGGACGAUAUAUCCAUAUAUUGUCCAAAACUGGUUUGAAGUCUAUAAUGUGAUAUUGGUUUCAUAAUUUUUGACCUGGCAAUAUGUUGCAAAUCAUGACUGUGUGUGUGUGUGCUAUGCAAAAGUCCAAUGCAGGAAAAACUGAAGCCAGCCAGUGCCUCUACAUAGCUCCAUCCUUAUUUCAGACAUCGUGAAAUAUUGGUAUAUCAUGAAUGUUUAGCUGGUGAUAUAUCACAAUGUUGAAAACCAGAUGUCGUCCAGCCCUGUUCUGGUAACAUCUCCAUAGUGUCUUCAGCGAUCUCAUGGGAAAUGGAGUGCCAAGAGUGUGGGGUGGUGAUGAUGGGGGACCCUUCCCCAAACCUUUCCCUUCCACAAGUGUGCAAGUCAGAGAAGCGACUAAAAGUGUUGAAUAGUGGCUAAGAAGUUGUUUUGUUUUGUUUUGUUUGUUGGACUUUUUACCUUCAGGGAAACCUUGAGGAUGGGAUCCAGUGUAGCACUAAGUGAAAAAUCAGCACAAGGAUUUCUGCUUACAUAACAGAUCACCCUCCCCAUUUUCUCCCCCAGUGCACAAUGUAAGUCUGUUCUAGGGGCUUCCCCAGCCCCCAGAGGGGCAGAUUUGGAGAGAGUGCUGGGUGCUUGUAGGGGGAAGAGAGGGUGGAAAGUCCAGUUGUGCUAGUGGAAAUCCUUGUAUUCAUAAUAUGUGUUAGUUGAAUACCAUCCUGUAUGUCAUGAUGUGCUUAGCUAGUAUGAGCCAGCUGCUCUUUGUUCUCUAAGAGGACAGGUACUGGAUGAAGUCCUUGAAGGCAGUUGAUUUGUGGGUAGGUUUUUUGAUGGAGGACUUGGGUUGGAGAAAUGGUGAAUCAUUCUAAUCUCUCUUUGGGAAUGAUUCCAUCUGAGGAAAUUCUCAGGUAGGGAAAGAUGGAAAAAGGCAGAACCAUGUUUAUGUGUUUUCAGAUUUGAAUGCCAGCUGCUAAUUCUCAACUGUUGGUAUUAGUGUCAAUGCUCUCUGUGGGGAAUUGGGAUACCCAUAGUAAAUUCCUUCUACAGGCACACUCUGGUAAUAUUCAAUGCCUUGAUAGCCUUCUUGGCAAUUUAUGCUGGAUUUUUUUGUGCACAAAUUGGGCACAACUUUUCAAUAAUCUGCUCAAGAAAUUAUAGCAUAGUUCAGUCAUUCCUUAUCUUGGUGCACUUUCUUGCCCCCAGCUCGAUUUGGGUCGUGGUGUGUGUGUGUGUGUGUGUGUGUGUCAGCGGUUCCCCCAAUUGACAUGCCGGGCGUCCCCAGUUCCCUCUUGUAGUGGCAGCAGCAGCAGCAGUCACAGCAGCCCAGAGCCAGCCUGGUAGCUGUGGUUGGCUUCAGGAGCUGCUUGCUGCUGUGGCGUCUGCCAUUUUGCUUCGCCAGAAGUCCCCAUAUGAUGUGUCUUGUGCUGUUGAACCAAUCCCGCAACAUUCAUUCCCUACUAAUAAAUCUACAACACUUAAAAUAUAAAUCUGGGGACACUAAAUGAAAUCUGUGGACAUUCUGGGGACGGAUUUUGUCCAGGGACAGAUUUGUAAAUCCGGGGACUGUCCCCGGGAAAUAGGGGCGUCUGGUAACCAUGGCUAUGGUGGUAUACUGAAUCUUGUGGGAAUAGUUUUCCAUAUAAUGGACCACCAACUUUAUUGGACUGUUGGUGGAUGAAGAGCAGCAGACUAGGGUGAAAAAGUUUCCACUGUACAGUAGUCUGUCCUCUACUUCCACCUCCACCAUCCUGCUUCUGACUGGAGUGGUGGGGCCUUUGUGCCUAAACUGAAUGAUUAAGCUUGUGCUGGAUUCAUGAAUGCAUGAAUGUAGGGUGAGCUUCACUCUCUGUUGGCCUAUUGGAUGGUCCCUUUUGGCCUGGUCCAGCACAGAUAGGAACUGGUCUUUCCUGAAAUGUGAGAGCUGGGAAAAAUGAAGAUGACAUUAUUUGUACAGAAGGAAUAUCAUUAAAGUCACUGAUCAUUGCCUUUCUCUAUUAUUUUUCCUUUCUUAGCUUUUGAAUUGGACUGUGUAGUUUGAUAUGUUGAUAGCUGGUAUUCAAAUGGAUGAAAUAUGUUCCACAGCAAGGUUUAAGGAAAAUAUUAUUAAAUGCAUUUGUUGAUCAGGAAGUUAGAAGCCUUCCUCAUCAAGUGUUUAAAAAAGAAAAUCUUGGGACAUAAAACACUUCAUCAACUUUAAAUCCACAUCUGCAGAAACAGAUGCCUCUCUUCACACUAACUUGUCUGCAAGUUUAAAAUGUUUUACAAUCAUUUUAAAAGUAGUUAAAACACUCACUGCAUAAUCGGGAUACAACAGUUCCCGCCCUCUGUUUUUAAUCUGAUUCUAUCAAUGGAAUAAAGCAUGAAGGUUGAUUUGGUAACUAAGUUAUGGCCUCAUAAACUCCAUGAGCUUACUAUUAUCCCUUAAUUUUAUAUAUUAUUUAAAGCGAGAAUUCUACCCUUAUUAGAUUAAUUGAGUUCUGUAAUGUUUUACAAAUUAGAGAAACUAUGCUAAAAAGAAGAAGAAGGCAUCUGCAUGAGUGGUGUUAUGUAAUUCUGCAUUUGUAAUAGCAUUCAUUAGUUAGUUUUAUUUUGAUUUGUAAAAAAUUUUUAUUUAUUUAUUUAUUAACAAACUGCUUCCCAGCCUGAGGCCAUCAAAGUGCUGCACACUUGGGUUCUGCAUGAUAUCAGUAUUAUGGAGAAUGAUUUUCAACAUUUAUAAUUUUGAUGACUGGUAACUUUAAAGUUGAAGCAACAUGAACAUUGACAAUGUAAAUAAACUAUGCUUUUGAAUUGGCGAGGCAGAACUUAGUUGGAGACAAACAGUAGAGCACUUAGAAAAUUGAAAGGCAGAGGGCACUGCUUUCUAUUUUGUAGAAGUUCUAUAGAAAUAUGGAGGCUGCAGAUGACAUCAGUUUCUACCUUUUGCUUCUCUGUGAUCUGAUAGAAUUGCUACUACAGCUUGGCUGACCUUUGGGGCCUGAGCUGAAGGCUCACACAUUUUCCCCUCCUUUCCCUGUGCUCUCCAGCAAUUUUCUUCACUUGAUGGUUUACAAAAAUAUUUUUUCUCUGAUUGAGCUGAACAACAACAACAAAAGGACAUCCAGUUACAAAUAAAAGGGAAGUUACUUCUCUUUGGAGGAAAAGAAAACUGAGUUACCUCCAUGGAAGACACUCAGGAUUUAAAUGAACAGUCAGUGAAGAAAGCGUGCACAGAUUCGGAUGUUUCAGAACCUCAGAAUUCCAGAUCUAUGGAAAUGCAGGAUCUAGCAAGCCCUCAUAAUCUUGUGGGAAGCAGUGAAACACCUGGUAGUUCUAAACUGGACAAAUCUAAUCUUAGCAGCACAUCUGUUACAACAAAUGGAACAGGCGGAGACAACAUGACUGUUUUAAACACUGCAGACUGGUUACUGAGUUGCAGCACUCCCUCUUCUGCAACAAUGUCUCUUCUUGCAGUCAAAACAGAACCUAUGAACAGUAGUGAAUCAACAGCAACAACAAGUGGAGAUGGAUCUCUUGACACGUUUACUGGGUCAGUAAUAACAAGUAGUGGCUACAGUCCAAGAUCAUCACAUCAGUAUUCGCCUCAGCUAUAUUCUUCCAAGCCCUAUCCACAUAUUCUUUCUACUCCAGCAGCACAGACAAUGUCUGCCUAUGCCAGUCAGACCCAGUAUUCAGGAAUGCAGCAGCCAGCAGUGUAUACAGCCUAUUCACAGACUGGGCAACCUUACAGUUUACCCACUUACGAUUUGGGUGUAAUGUUGCCAGGCAUCAAGACAGAAAGUGGACUUUCACAAACGCAAUCACCCUUGCAGUCCGGGUGCCUUAGUUACAGCCCAGGGUUCUCCACACCACAGCCAGGCCAGACACCAUAUUCAUAUCAAAUGCCAGGUUCUAGUUUUACACCAUCCUCCACUAUUUAUGCAAACAAUUCAGUCUCAAAUUCUACAAACUUCAGUAGUUCACAACAGGAUUAUCCAUCAUAUACAGCUUUUGGCCAAAACCAAUAUCCACAGUAUUAUUCAACAUCAACAUAUGGAACAUAUAUGACCUCAAACAACACGACAGAUGGUACCUCUUCUUCAUCAUCAACGUACCAGCUCCAGGAAUCUCUUCCUGGGCUGACUAGUCAACCAGGUACUGAUCUUCAUACAGGAGAGUUUGACACUGUACAGAGCCCUUCAACACCAAUCAAAGAUCUGGAUGAAAGGACGUGUAGGAGUUCUGGGUCAAAAUCAAGGGGCAGAGGGCGGAAAAAUAACCCAUCACCCCCUCCUGACAGUGACUUGGAGCGCGUAUUUGUUUGGGAUUUGGAUGAAACUAUCAUUGUCUUCCAUUCACUUCUUACAGGAUCUUAUGCACAAAAAUAUGGAAAGGAUCCACCUGUGGCAGUGACUCUUGGACUUCGAAUGGAAGAAAUGAUUUUUAAUCUUGCAGAUACACAUUUAUUUUUCAAUGACUUAGAGGAAUGUGAUCAAGUACAUAUAGAUGACGUUUCUUCAGAUGACAAUGGACAAGACCUAAGUACCUACAGUUUUGCAACUGAUGGCUUCCAUGCAGCUGCAAGUAGUGCAAACCUUUGUCUGCCAACAGGUGUAAGAGGAGGAGUUGACUGGAUGAGGAAGCUGGCAUUCCGUUACAGAAGAGUAAAAGAAUUAUAUAAUACUUACAAGAACAAUGUAGGAGGACUUCUUGGCCCUGCAAAAAGAGAUGCAUGGCUGCAGUUAAGAGCAGAGAUCGAAGCUCUCACUGACUCCUGGCUGACAAAUGCACUUAAAUCACUAUCAAUUAUUAGCACAAGGAGUAACUGUGUAAAUGUUUUGGUAACAACAACCCAACUUAUACCAGCCCUUGCAAAAGUCCUGCUGUAUAGUUUAGGAGGUGCAUUUCCUAUUGAAAAUAUUUACAGUGCAACUAAAAUAGGAAAAGAAAGUUGCUUUGAACGAAUAAUGCAAAGGUUUGGCAGAAAAGUAGUAUAUGUUGUAAUUGGGGAUGGUGUAGAAGAAGAACAGGCAGCAAAAAAGCACAACAUGCCUUUCUGGAGGAUAUCUAGUCACUCGGACCUCCUGGCUCUACACCAAGCGCUGGAAUUAGAGUAUUUGUAACUGUUGUCAUAUAGUUGACAAAUACUUUUUAUAUUUCAAAGUACACUGAUAUUUUUUAUGUGUGAUCCAGUGCCUCUGGCUUUUACACAUAUGUAUGGUCUUAAGAAGGAAAAGCAAUAUUUGGAAUGAAAAUUCCAUUGUGAAGAAUUCAGAUCACUGAUCGGUGGAGUUACAAGUUUUAAUUCUACACAAGGAUGCUCUACAUGGUCUUAUACACACAACAUUUUUGAUGAUUAAAGAACUAUAAAAGAAGGUUGCUGGUACACACCAAAUGAGCCCUAGCCAGAGUGAACAGCUUUUGCAAUGGACUCAGACUGGGAAAGCAAUGACACAUGUUUUCUGAUCGACAAGGGUGGUAUUCAACAACAUUCCUCACUAUGGGAUAUAUUCUCAGCACUGAGGUUUGAAUCAAACUUUAGUCUACCUAACCCAAAAAAUCUGAAUUGGAAUGUACUCAAACUGUGCAUUGACAAUCCUGUCUAGAGCUGUAAUAUGUGUAAAUUAUUGAUGAAAAUAAUUUACUGUGACUUUAUUAGCAGCUGACUUUGGAAGUGGAUGCAAUUUCUUUCGUUUUGGAGGUGUGUGGGAUGGGGGUAUAUAAUAAUAAUAAUUAUUGUCUCUUUUAUAAGUUUGGCAAACAGAAUGUGCAUAAUGAUGUGUUGUGCCUUAAAAGACAAGAUCUUGUUUGUGUGUUACAAUGUAACAUUGGUUUAAAAUAAUGUAGAUAAAAGAAAUAAACUUUUGUGAUAAUUUUUGACAUGACCAAAUUUCAAAUUCAAAUAAUCAAAAGACAAGGGUGUGCAUCGAAAGUUUGUUGCAGUAAUGGGUGAGGGAAGUAUAACAAUUGACAGCUGGUGCUUUUAUUUAGUUUCUUAAUAAUUCCACAGAUUGCAGGAGGCAAGUAACUUAAGAGAAUGUUAAGAGGCUGAAAUGAUAUUGGGCCCUGUGGGAUUAAUAAUUAAAAUGUCUGAUUACUUGAGAACCGUUUCUCCAUUUUCAUCUUUAAAGAAAAAAAAAGUACUUGUACUGCAAGGAGCUUGAUUUGAUAAAGUACAUAUAAGAAGAAGCAAAUUAUUUUCCAUUUACCAAGUCUCAAAUUGUUAGCCAAUAGGUUACAUGAAAAUAUGGUUGAUUCCUUCAAAAAAUAUACAAUGUGCCCUCUCCUUCCUUGUGUGCUGUUCUGGGGGAUUCUCCCAACCCAUCCAAGCCAAUUUGGGGAGUGUGUACAGGGGAAAAAGAGUGAGGAACUCUAUUUGAGUGAGUGGAAAUCCUUGUGUGGGCUUCUGGUAGUGGGAUCAGUUAUCUGGCCCUUGGUAGCCUCCAUUUUGUUGGAGUACAACUCAAAUUGCCUCCCCAUUGACCAUGCUGGCUGAGGCUAAUAAGACUUAUAGUUCAGCAGCAUCGGGGGGACGGGACACUAUGUUCACUAGUCCAGUUGUAGGUUGUUCACAGUAUGUUUUAGCCAGCAGUCCAGGAAUUUCCAUCAGCAUGUUGUUUAUUAAAACAUUUUCUAACUAAUUUUAAGCUUGGAGAAAGAGAUCAGCAUAGUACACAAUGGAACUCUCUUUCCUUUCUCCCCUCUGUGGUCAGCCCUUUACCACACAAAUCAAGCAUGCUAGCCAUUACUUUCAACAGUAGACCAGUGUGUGUGUCCUAUAUUCUUACCAUCUCCAUGGCUCCAGCUUGCAAGUUACUCUGUGCAUGUGUAGCCACUGUGUGUGUGUGCAUGCCAUUGCUCACAAUGGCGGGACAGGAUGUGCUUUCCAUAUACCUAUCCAGCCAUUAUAUGCUGUGCUUUCUAGGGCUCUGCCUACCAGAUAUACCUUUUGUUGAUGUGUAGCUUGUGGAAUGGAUGCUUGGGAAGGAGAGAGGUAAUACUGGGGCAGCUAUAGAUCAGCCCCUUAUUAAUGCCUGCUGCCACUAUGGUAUGCAUGCAUGGCAAAGGGCCAGCUGGAGACAGACAGUGUUCCAUGGAACUGUUUUCAGAUGCCCUCCUACAGACACAACUGCAUUUGUGUAGGGUGAAUAAUGUACUCAAUUUCCUAUUUUUUAUAUUGAAAUUCUAAUUCUUGGAGUAAAUUUAUGUCAUCUUAUUUCUGAAAAAGUUUAUCUUUAACAACAGCACUGGUGCAGAAUAAUUCAGUGUGAUAAUUCGGUUUCUGGUUUUCUUUCUAGUAAUGUCCCAGGAAAGAGAAUUAUAUAUACUUGUCCCUACACUUGUUCUCUACUUUGCGGUUCCAGUGCUUUAAUUAAUCUCAAAUAACAACAGUUCUCCAGUAUCGACUUUUGGUACAAAAGAUCAUUAAAAUAGUGUAUGAUGAGCCAUAUGCCGUCCCACUAUGCAGUGGGUACAUAUAUGCUGUUCUUUGGGAGUAUGAAAAAAACUUCAAAUUCUGUAGCUUCAAAGAUGAAAAGGAACGUAUGCAGUUUUGUCAUAAAAAUAAUUAAUUCAGAUCAUCAUGUGAAAUGUAACUCAUUCCUGUUUUCCCACUUGUAAGGUUCUUUAGUAAACACAACUUUUACAGUAACUGCUAUGCACAGAAAUUAGUAUUUCAGCUCCCUAGGGCACAAAAAAAGGGCAGAGGAACAGGCGUUAAGUGAAUCAGAUUAUAAUGUGAAUGUAAAACCUGUACUAGCUACAAUUGACAUAUGCAGCACAAUCCUACACAUGGUUACACAUGAAUACAUCCAACUGUAUUGAGUGUGGCUCAUUUCCAGGAAAGUGUGCACAGAAUUGCAGAUUCAGAUUCUCUGCUGUGCAGUGUCCUGCAUUAACAAUAUUCAUAACCAGCCGGAGAGAGGGUCAGUGUUGCCAUUUCUUAGGCUAAUGUGUAAAAGUGUUUUUCACUGCCAGGAAGGAUGGGAUAUAUAGUCGAAAAUAUCUGGAGGGCUCCAUGUGGGCUGACUCUGCCCUAAUCUGUGCUGGAUUUUGCCCCUCUGGACAUACCAAAAAGGAAUACUUACAUCAUCAUGUCAGAUAAUGAAGUUCCUUGCUCUGCAUUGGGCACUGAUGCAUAAAUCUGAGUGAGAUAUCUCUUUGGUGCAACUACUUACAGGCCAUUGAUUCAAGUUUUUUUGGUUUUUUUAAAGGAAAAGUACUUUACGUAUAUACUUU